AUGCUCCAUAUCGAACUGUUCCAUAACUUGUACACGCAAAUACGCACCACUUUGGACCCAAAUAGGUCUAUAGCCUGGCUAGCGGAUGAGGUAGACUACCUGAUUACAACACCAUAUCUUGUGAACGAGUUGCUCGCAUUCAGUGCACUGCACUUGAGUACAACACGGCCGAAGCGACGGGAAUACUACCGCUACCACGCAGCCCAACUGCAAACCCAGGCAUUAUCUAUCUUCAAAGAAUCCUCUCCUCAGGUGGCACAAGAAACCUGUGUCCCUCUCUUUGUCUUUGCCGUCAGCUUGGGCAUACACACCCUCUGUGACACGCUCAUCUACCGUGAAGGUGACUUUGCUCACUUCCUCGACCGCUUCGUCCACUUCUUCCGCCUUUACUAUGGCGUCCGCACCAUAGUCCACGAGUCCUGGCACAUGAUCAAGGACACGCCUCUCGCGCCAUCCUUCAGCAUGGGCACGGACCUAUACAAAUUCGACGGUCGGCUCGGGCCCGGAAGCCAGUCCCUGCUUAACCUGGUCGACCGCGCCAAGCUCGGUACCGAACUCACAGAGAUCUACAGGCAGGCGAUUGAGUCGCUGCAGUCAUGCCUAAAUGUGAUAGACGGCCGAAAGGGGUCGCAUGUCGGGAUCAAUGCUGUGACGACGUGGCCGAUCUUACUCAAGACAGAGUUCGGGGAGCUGAUCGAGCAGAGACGGCCGGAGGCUCUGGUCAUCCUUGCACAUUAUGCGUGCAUGUUGCAUCAGUGUAAGGAUUGCUGGCUUUUUGGGGAUUCGGGGGCGUUUGUUAUUCAAGAGGUUACGGGAUAUUUGGGACCGGACUGGGAAGAGUGGAUGGCGUGGCCGAAUCAAAUUCUGGGAUCGUAA